AUGCGCGAGGCCGCCUCGAGGCCCGCUCGAGCUGGGCGAAGCGCAGGCGCAGGCGCGAGGCCCACUCGAGCGGGCGCGGCGUGCGCAGCCUCCCGCCAACAGUUUCCCUCCGUCCGGACGAGGGGCAGCCGUGAGCGGGUGCGGGGGUCCUGCAGACCGGCCGAGCGUCGGCUCCGCGGGAGCGACCUUCUGCGGACCUCGGCCGGCUGUGCCCCGCAAUUCUCCCUGCAGGCCAACGUGCAGUGGCUCAAGGAAUACUGCUCCAAGCUCAUCCUCUUCCCCAGGAAGCCUUCAGCCCCCAAGAAGGGCGACAGCUCAGCUGAAGAACUCAAACUGGCAACACAGCUGACAGGACCAGUCAUGCCCAUACGGAAUAUCUACAAGGAGGAGAAGGCCAGAGUCAUCACAGAAGAGGAGAAGAACUAUUCUGGCAUGAGAAUAUACUUUGUAUUUCAACUCUCUGAGAUUUGUUAA